AUGAAGGUCGAUGCUGAUUCUGCCCUGAGCUUCGCCAACACCGCUCUCACUGCUGCCAAAGAUGGCGUGGCACUUGAUAUCACUGACAGCGACGAGAUAUUCCCUUAUAUGUUUUCCAUCUUCUCGAUUGGUGUUGGCCUGGUUCCUGGAGUUGGACCUCUUCUUGGUUCCUUUGCCGGGCUUCUCGGCGCCAUUGCCUUUCCUAAGAAGAGCACGGAUGUUAAUGCGAUUUGGAACAGCCUACGUGGAAGGGUUGAAGCCUUGAUUGGUGCCAAGAUACAGGCCAGCCACGUCAAUAUCCUACAGAAGAACGUCGAGGGUUUCGCCUCUAAUAUGGAGGCCUUUACCCGUGUCUUGAUUGACUACGAAGAGCUUACCGGAAAUGAUAAGGCAAAGCAGGCCGAGACUCUUCGCAUCCUUUUUAAUGCCUUCUUGACGGUCCUACGUGCCGAUAUUCCAGCAUUCCAGGUCCACGAGUAUGCCGUGGCAUCGCUUCCGCUCUUUACUCAGGCCGCCAACAUCCACCUCGCCCUCCUAUCUGAUGGCAUUCGGAAUUGGGAGGCGUGGGGCUUCACUGAGAGGUACAGGAACGAUCUGCAGCAGCAAUUCGACAGGCUUACUGUGUCCUCUUCCAAGCGUAUUCGCGCCGCCGUGCGUGACCAAGAUGAGCCGUCAGACCUAGACACCAUCAAGGAGUGCAUUGCCAUUGGCGAGGCUGCGGGCUGGGACGCUAAGCUAAUUGACACCUGGAAGGCCGCACUGGAGACCCUGUCCAAGGCAACCGCCCUUAGCAGGCGCGCGACGCUCACCUAUCCCGCCUAUGCCAAGGAAUACUACGAAAAGGGCCGCACGAUGAUUAAGCCAUACACUUCUUCAUGGGAAGGCUCUGAUAAAGGGUUAAGUGAGGCUCUAGCAUUAAACGCCUUAUCUGAUUAUGACGCUACUAUGAUUAAGAACGUGCUUACCUAUGCCGAGUUCUGGCCGUAUCUAACCGGCAAGGAGAUGCCAGAAUCAGCUAAGCUGGCGCUGGAUCGCGAGAUAUUUCUAGGCCCAUACGGCCGUUACACGGGAGGCGCCACCUGGAACGCUAAGAAUGCGCCACCCAUCACUACCCGCGGCUCCAAUAUCACGGCCAUCAAAGUGCGCUCCUGGGACAAUGUUGACGCCUUGCAGGUGCAGUACGGAGGCCGCUGGGGACCCCUGUUCGGAGACGCCAAGGGCGGCGCCGAACACCAGGCCAACUUGGCUUUUGACGAGUACAUCCAGUCUAUCGAUGUCCUCCACGGACAUAAGCUAGGCCAGUUGACCUUCUUCUCUAAUAAAGAUAAGAUCCAUGGCUGGUACGGAACCGACAAACACGCGCGAAAUCGGACCUCCAUCAAGCAUCAAGGAUACGGUUUGACUAAUAUGGUCGUCACCCACUGGGAGAAGCACGUGCCCCCAGGCUGUGAGGGCAUCAUCUUUGGCUUUAGACCUCUUCUCACCGCUCGUGGCUAA